CCACGAGGAAGCUGAGCUGGUGUGUAAUGAUAGGGCAGCAGCCGCGGCUGCAGCUAACUCACUGCCCCGGGAGCCGGUGCCACACAGGUGUUCCGAGGAGUAAGAGGAGUAAUUAUAGAGCCGCGAAGGCUGAAACACACCUCUGAGUUUUCACCUGUGGACACAAUAGUGCAGAGCCAGUCGGUGAUAGCAAAGGGGAAGCCAAGACCGAACAGUGAUCAGUCACCUCUAGAGAAACAAGUUGAAAGUUCUUUUGUUUUUGUUUUGUUUUUCCCCCCUCUGUUUUCUUUUUCAUCCCUCUCCUCUGGUGUGACACUGCCAUGGUCAGAAAGCCAGUUGUGGCCACCAUCUCCAAAGGAGGUUACCUGCAGGGCAAUAUGAGCGGGAGGCUGCCUUCCAUGGGGGACCAAGAGACCCCUGGGCAGGAGAAGGUAGUUCUGAAAAAGAAGAUCACUUUGCUGAGGGGGGUCUCCAUCAUCAUCGGCACCGUCAUCGGAUCAGGCAUCUUCAUCUCCCCCAAGGGUAUACUCCAGAACACGGGCAGCGUGGGCAUGUCACUGGUUUUCUGGUCUGCCUGUGGAGUACUGUCACUUUUUGGAGCCCUGUCCUAUGCUGAAUUGGGAACAAGCAUAAAGAAGUCUGGUGGUCAUUACACAUACAUUCUGGAGGUCUUUGGCCCUUUGCUAGCUUUUGUUCGAGUCUGGGUGGAACUGCUCGUAAUACGCCCCGGAGCUACUGCUGUGAUAUCCCUGGCAUUUGGACGCUACAUUCUGGAACCAUUUUUUAUUCAAUGUGAAAUUCCUGAACUUGCAAUCAAGCUUGUAACUGCUGUGGGCAUCACUGUGGUGAUGGUCCUAAAUAGCACAAGUGUCAGCUGGAGUGCCCGCAUCCAGAUUUUCCUAACCUUUUGCAAGCUCACAGCAAUUCUGGUAAUUAUAGUCCCCGGAGUUAUACAGCUAAUUAAAGGACAAACACAUCACUUUAAAGAUGCAUUUUCAGGAAGAGAUAUAAGUCUAAUGGGGUUGCCCUUGGCUUUUUAUUAUGGGAUGUAUGCAUAUGCUGGCUGGUUUUACCUCAAUUUUAUUACUGAAGAAAUAGACAACCCUGAAAAAACCAUCCCUCUUGCAAUCUGCAUCUCCAUGGCUAUCAUCACAGUGUGCUACGUACUGACAAAUGUGGCCUAUUUUACAGCCAUUAGUGCUGAGGAGCUGUUGCAGUCCAAAGCUGUGGCCGUGACCUUCUCUGAGCGGCUGCUGGGAAAAUUCUCAUUAGCAGUCCCGAUCUUUGUUGCCCUCUCCUGCUUCGGCUCCAUGAACGGUGGUGUGUUCGCUGUCUCCAGGUUAUUCUAUGUCGCAUCUCGAGAAGGGCACCUUCCGGAAAUCCUCUCUAUGAUUCAUGUCCACAAGCACACUCCUUUGCCAGCUGUUUUUGUUUUGCAUCCUCUGACGAUGAUAAUGCUCUUUUCCGGAGACCUCUACAGUCUUCUGAAUUUCCUCAGUUUUGCCAGGUGGCUUUUUAUGGGGCUGGCAGUCGCCGGGCUGAUUUAUCUUCGAUACAAACGCCCAGAUAUGCAUCGUCCUUUCAAGGUGCCUCUCUUCAUCCCAGCACUAUUUUCCUUCACGUGCCUCUUCAUGGUUGUCCUCUCCCUUUACUCGGAUCCGUUCAGCAGCGGGGUCGGCUUCCUUAUCACCUUGACUGGGGUCCCUGCAUAUUAUCUCUUCAUUGUAUGGGACAAGAAACCUAAGUGGUUCAGACGACUGUCAGACAGAAUAACCAGAACAUUACAGAUUAUACUAGAAGUUGUACCAGAAGACUCUAAAGAAUUAUGAACUUAAUGCAUCAAAAGCUUGGCCAUCUGCCCAGGAUUGAGAUACAAAAUGGAUCUUUAUUUCAAGGAAACACAACUUUGAUGAUGGACUAAAGGAAUCAGUUAUCUCUCUUUGUAUCCUCUAGUGUAUUCAAAUUAAUUUCUGAGCAACUUACUGGUAACUCCAUGUAUUUGUAGCAAGUUAAUAUGCAAGUCAUACAGUGAGGCAAGCUCACAGUUCUGGAGUCUAGUGCCUAUCUGCUGAGGGGAAAGGAAAAACCUAAGGGCUUUGGCACCUGGGCUAUCAUUCUCUACCGUGUUUGUUAUCAUGACUGAGAACCUUGACUAGAAGACCAAAAUGGUUUCUGUAUAUAUGAGGUCUGUAAACAUAGCUUUACCUCCUAGGGACAUCUAUACUGUGAAAGUAUUUUGUUUUUUCAUUUUUCUGGAAAAAAAGUCAUUAUUGUAGCAAAGAAGGCAGAAUAAUUUUAACAUUGACCUUGGACUGUUUUCCCUUAGUGGCCAACAUGGCCACUUUCAGUGGCUUAUACUCAGAGCAUCAGAACAAAACAUGAGGGAGGUGUGUAUGUGUGUGUGUGUGUGUGUGUAUGUGUGUGUGUGUGUGUGUGUGUGUAUGUGUGUGUAUGUGUGCGCGCGUGCGUGUGUGUAGCUUGAGAUCAAAUUCAAGGCUUUAUAAAAGCCAGGCAAGCACUCUACCAUUGAGAUACACCUAAUUUUCUUAAAUGCAUAACAGAAGUAUUUCCAGGAGAUAGUAUUUAUGACACAAUCCUAGGAACUAUGUUUGAACUAAAAUCAUUGAGAACUUCUUAGGUUAAGUUCAUUGUUGCUCAUUAUCAGGAAACUCGGUGUUUAAUAACAUCAGUGCUUUCAUUGUGGUUUGUUUUUUUUCCUGAAAAUGUGUACUGUUUGCUCUGACAUCCAUUGGUGAGCCACCUCUUUGGUAAUUUACUUCUCGGUGGACAAAAAUGUUUUCUUCAUCACAGUACAACAUCAGCAUGGGAGACAUUGCCCAUAAAACUCCAGAUACCAAGCUUUCUCUUCAUGAGCCCCAGUUAUAUGCAGUGUUAGUAAUUCUACUCACUUUUUCUUUUCCUUUGCUGCUGUUUUCACCUGGUGAUGAGAUUUUGACAGUGUAUGCAUUCCCUUUACAGUUCUGUUAAAAUAUGUCUCUGGAUAAAACUAUCUGGAUCAAUUAGGAAAAGUACAGAUUUACAUAAAAACUAUGAA